GCGGGCAGCGGAGCCCCCGGCAGCGGCCCCGGCCCCGAGCCGCGCUCGCCCCCCGCGGGCGCCGGGCAGCAGCAGCAGCACCAGCAUCGACUGCAGCAGCGGCAGCAGCAGCAAUAGCAGGAGCGGCAGCAGCGGCAGCAGCAGGAUGUUCCUCAAGCUGGCCGUCGUGGUGCAGGUGCUGUCGCUGAUGGCGAGCCGGGGGCACGGCUUCCCGAAGCCCGGGGGCAAAGAUAAAGCUAUACACAACAGACAAUUAAGUGUAGAAAGACCUUUGGAGGAACAGAUUGCUGAAGCUGAGGCAGACAAGAAUAGGAAAAUAGUUCCCACAGAAAAUAAGCCAGAGUUCAGGAAUUAUUCCUUUGCUGAUGACUUGAAUCUGCUAAAGUCAGUAGCAGAAAGAGAGAGGAAUGAAAAAGAAAGGGAAUCAAUUAGAAGCUCUUUGUAUGAACAGCAAUUGGCCAUUGAUGAUGCGGACUCCACCAAGAACCGCAGGGUUGUGGAUGACUAUGACUCUACUAAAAGUGGACUGGAUUAUAAAUUCCAAGAUGAUCCAGAUGGCCUUCAUCAAUUAGAUGGCACUCCUUUGACUGCUGAAGACAUAGUUCAAAAAAUUGCUACGAGAAUCUAUGAGGAAAAUGAUAGAGGAGUGUUUGACAAGAUCGUUUCAAAACUUCUAAGUCUGGGGCUAAUCACAGAGAGCCAGGCCUAUACCCUAGAAGAUGAAGUGGCAGAGGUUUUACAACAGCUAAUUGCAAAUGAAGCAAAGGAUCGUGAGAAGGAGUCUGAAGAUUUUGAUUACCCUCCAAGCACAGCAGACAGUGAUACAAAGGAAAAGCAACAGGAAAAAAUGACAUCAAGCAAAACUGAUCAGGAUAGUUUCACUAAUGGGGAAAUUGAUGAUACACUGGAUAACACAUGGUCAUCAUCCAAUAUCUUGGAAAGAAGAAAUGAGCUGCCUUCUGAAGAUAAUUUUGAAGACCUGCAAUACUUUCCAAACUUCUAUGCACUAUUAAAAAGUCUAAAUUCAGAGACAGAGAUGAAAGAGAAAGAGACCUUAAUAACCAUAAUGAAAACCCUGAUUGAUUUUGUGAAGAUGAUGGUUAAAUAUGGAACAAUCACACCAGAAGAAGGAGUUUCCUAUCUGGAAAACCUAGAUACAAUGAUAGCUGUGCAGACAAAGAAGAAGCUUGAGAAUCCUUCCACUGAAACCAAAACAAAGCUACCAGCAGACAAGAGUAGUGAAGAAGCAGACAGUACGAAGGAAGAAGCAGCUAAAAUGGAAAAGGAAUAUGAAAUCUCAAAGGACUCCACAAAAAAUGAAGAACAAAAUGCAGCAGGAAACAGUGAAGAGCCCAGAGGGAAAACUGAGGCAUAUUUGGAAGCAAUCAGGAAGAACAUAGAAUGGCUAAAAAAAAACAACAAACAAGGUAACAAAGAAGAUCUUAUAUAAAACCAGCUUCCUAUCCCUUCUCUCUGCUAUUGCCGGGGCUUCUGCUGUCAGCUGCUCUUUAAAUGAAGGUUCCUAGCCAAGGGAUCCAUCCCUGGGGUAUGAGCGGAGCCUGGCGAGAAGAGUCCUUCAUGCACCAGCCAAGCAGAAGGGGAUCUGAGAUAAGAUUAGCCCUGGGUAAUCUAACCACCCUCUCUGUGAGUUGAAGCAUAUAUGAAUUACAUUUCAGAGACAAGUGCAUGUCUGCAGCCCAACACAUUAAUUUUCCUAUACAGAAACUCUGCAAUGGGAAGGACUUUUUUUUUUUCAAGCCUACAGUUAUUUUUCCGAUCUGAAAACUGUUUCCUCUCAAUGGCAACAACUGAAGUUAGCAGCAGGCAUACACAUUUGCUCAAGAGUUUUCCUGACACUUCUAAUAAACAUUUCUAUUUAUUGCUGUACUCAUUAUAAUAACUAUAUCUCAGUCACAUGUGAUUAUUUCUCUGUAUCACACAUACUGACAGGGCAGCCCCUCACUCCUCUUCAUAGAAACAUUUCUUCUUGCACUACUGCAGCCUGCAAAUGGCUGUGACUACAGAUCAAUAGCAUUUUAUCUGCCUGGGAAUGCAUUAAGAUGUACUGAUGUUAAUACUUCCAGAAAAUGGAUCCACUGUGUUACUGCUGAAUGCAUGUCUUUCUGUGUAGAUGGAUUUUCAUUUACACUAAAAUAUCUGUCCUCUGGCCUUAAAGUCAGUGUAAGUUAUAACAAAAUUAGAAUACAGUUCUUACUCUUCCCAUACAUUAUUGUUAUUGUACCUUUUCCUUACUUUUUAUUUUUAUAAAAUGCUAAUUCAGUUCUCCUGGGAUGAUGAUAAAGGAAGUACGGUCAGAGUAAGGCUAUCUAGCAGUGAAUGCAUUGUGUUGUGCUUCUUCAGUACAAGAUUAGGUGUCAUUUAUGUGCUUAUCAAUUAUUUCUCUACUUCCAGCUAGUACCUGGGAGUUAGCAGAAAAAUGAUUCACAAAGUAAUUCAUGUAUUAAAAUGACCAGUCUUCUCUACCCUUAUUCAUGGAUUGUUUAUUCACAGGAUAUACAUGAAGAGGUUUAGGUUUGCUUCAGGAAAUGUUUGUAGAUCUUUAACUUCGGAUGAAUUUCACUGGAAGUUAGUAUUCAUUGAAUGACUAAUGACCUUGGAAAUGUUCAUUUGCAGUUUCACAGUUUAAAAAUAUAAAUUGCCUUUUUAGGAGGCAAGUAAUCUUCAGUGGUCUGGAUGAUUUAGAGAGAAACAUGUAAAGGCCUAGAUUUUGGCCUGACUGGCUUUUGUGUCCAGAAUUUGUUUUGCAUUUACAGGAAGAACAGAAGUCUGUUCCUCUGACUGGCUUGAUCUCCCAGACCUGGCUUCAUCUCUGAAACCAAUGCUAGUUUAAGACAAGCUCCUCUCCUGUGUAAAUAAACAUCUCUCCCACUGCUAGGUGUAGGCUGCUGUGUAUUCUAUUACUUUUUAGUGUCCACAGAACACAACUGUGAGUCAUUUAACUAAUACAUGCAAAUAGCACGUUUGAAUUUUUCACAGAAUACUUAGGCAGUUUAUAGUUUCAUGAUGCUAACGGUAGCCAAUAAGGAACAAAAGUAAAUUCUGUGAUUAAUUGUAGGAUGCAAUGGCAAAUGGCAAGAUUGAAUAUGCAAACAAGAUCUCACUUCAUUUACUAUAGCCAUUUCACAGCUUAGUGUAAUGCUGCAGCUGUUGUGGUGAAUAUAAAUUGAAGCUGAUUUUUCUAAUUCCUUGCGCAAAUUAAUAGGUUGUAAAUAAGCAUUAGAAAUUAACAGACCGUUACCAAGUUCUAGGAAAAAAAAAACUGAAUUAUACUGCCAUGAGAUAUACAAAUUAGCCAGAACUGGAUAAUAUCUUAAUGGUUAUAAUUUCAUGUAGAAUGUAUUUGUUUAGAAAUUAAACCUUCACAUCUCCAUGUAAUGAUCAGAGAGUUGUAAAUACUAUUCUAUUUUAAAAAAUAAACCUAGGAAUUUGAAUGUGGUUAAUGUGGAUAUUAUAUUAAUUUAGUAUUUAUCGUUCCAUCCAUUUUCAUUCCAUGGAAUCUUUCACUGGAGACUCUCAUUCUAUCAACAUGAAUCAAAUCUCACACCCAUAUUACUAAAUGGCUAUUUAAUUCCCUAUUACUGAGAUAGGAUGAAGAGACAAACUGGUUAUAUUCUCUUAAGUAAUCCCAAUAACAGACUGGAAAUGAAAUCCUGACUUCAGUACAGCAAAUGGUAAAAUUAACUCAGAUAUGGACAGGACGUCCCUGCAGCAGUAGAGUGUUUUGAAUAUUUAUUUUCUGUAUUAGUCACUUGAGAUUACCUUAUACUGUUAUAGAAAAGAUCACAAGCAUUAAUUUGCUUCUUUAAUAUCUAUCUACUUCUAUCUGGUUUUGGUCACUUAGCUGUAAAAAGACAGAAAAAUUAUUUUCUGUUUUGUUAACAAUGUGCAGUUUGAAAGAGUCCUUCCAUUUAUAUAUGGUGGUAUACAUUGGACUACAUUACAAAGUUAGUAUUAAUACCUCUUGAAGGUACUGUCCAUGGAAUAAGUCACUUCUACUAAAAUUUUCAGGAUGAAUCUGUUUUUAUGAGAGCUACUAAUUAAUUUAACCUAGUAUGAAACCUUAAGACAUUGAUGUUAUCCCGACUACUAACUUGUGAUUCUAACAAAUUAAGCUUUAUAUUUUAUGCAGUAAAUUAUGUAACUGAAACAUUUAUGUGUUUAUGUGGGAAUAUACUGGAUCUAUGCUUGGCAGAGUUAAAACUAC